AUGCCAUUCUGUGAGUAUAUACUCUUUGAUGAAAACCAACUUGAAUCAAUUUCUAGAAACAAAAGCCUUGAGUUAUUAGCUGACAAUCAUUCUUCACCGAAAAAAUUGGACGAGCAGUCUUCCAAAACGGUUGUUGUAGAAGAACGGAAGGAAAUUAAGGAUGUUAGGAAAGAAGAUAAGAGUUCUAUAGUGACGGUUACAAAAGCCACAUUCAUCGCUGCGAAGAGUGAAAUUCACGUUUCACCCAUGAAAGGACGCGCUCCAACAAUGGGUAUCCACAAUAUCAUUCAAUCACAAAGUCCCUCGAUGGCCAGCAAUGAUAGUGACAGUGAGUACGUCCAGGAUGAUAUUCAUAGUGGACCGUCUUCUGAUUCUCAAGAAGUCAUGGCUGAAGACAUAUCAGACGCAGAUGUGAUAACUAUUGAGCAUAACGAAGUUGAAACUAAAAAAGUGGAAACUGAAACAGAUGAUAUAAUAAUCUUAUCAACGGUAGAAAAGCCAACACCGAAGAAACGCUCACGCUCAGAUGAACUAAAUCUAUCGGAUGUUUCAUCUGGCAUAAGAGAACUUUCAUCUCCUCUCAAAGAAAAGAUUCAUGGAAAAGUUUCUGAAGGGAAGAUUCAUGAGAAAGUAUCUCAAGGAAUAAUUCAGGGAGAAGCAUCUCAAGGAAAGAUUCAGGGAGAAGCAUCUCAAGGAAAGAUUCAGGGAGAAGCAUCUAAAGAAAAGAUUCAUAAAGAAGCAUCUAGAGAAAAGAUUCAUAUAGAAGCUUCUAGAGAGAAGAUUCAUGUGGAAGCAUCUAUAAAGAAGAUUCAUGUCGAAGCAUCCAGAGAGAAGAUUCAUGUAGAAGCAUCUAAAGAGAAGAUCCCUGUAGAAGCAGCAUCUAAAGAAAGAAUUCCUGUAACAGCAGCUAAAGAAAGGAAUCCUGUAACAGCAUCUGAAGAGAAGAUUUCUGUAGAACCAUUCAAAGGAAAGAUUCCUGAAGAACCAUCUAAAGAGAAGAUUCCUGUAGAACCAUUUAGAGAGAAAAUUCCUGUGGAAACAUCUAAAGGAAAGAUUCCCGUAGAAGCAUCUAGAGAGAAGAAUCCUGUAGAACCAUUUAGAGAGAAAAUUCCUGUGGAAACAUCUAAAGGAAAGAUUCCCGUAGAAGCAUCUAGAGAGAAGAUCCAUGUGGAACCAUCUAGAGAGAAAAUUCCUGUGGAACCAUCUAAAGGAAAGAUUCCCGUAGAAGCAUCUAAAGAAAAAAUUCCUGUAGAACCAUUCAAAGGAAAGAUUCCUGUAGAAGCAUCUAAAGGUAACAUUCCUGUAGAAGCAUCUAAAGGAAAGAUUCUCGUAGAAGCAUUCAAAGGAAAGAUUCCUGUAGAAGCAUUCAAAGGAAAGAUUCCUACAGAAGCAUUCAAAGGAAAGAUUCCUGUAGAAGCAUUCAAAGGAAAAAUCCCUGUAGAACCAUCUAAAGGAAAAAUUCCUGUAGAUCCAUCUAGAGAAAAGAUCCAUGUGGAACCAUCUAGAGAGAAAAUUCCUGUGGAACCAUCUAAAGGAAAGAUUCCCGUAGAAGCAUCUAGAGAAAAGAUUCCUAUAACAGCAUCUAGAGAAAAGAUUCCUGUAGAACCAUCUAAAGGAAAGAUUCCUGUAGCAGCAUAUAAAGAGAAGAUUCAUGUAGAAGCAUCUAAAGAGAAGAUUCAUGUAGAAGCAUCUAAAGAGAAGAUUAAUGUAGAAGCAUCUAAAAGCAAAGCUAGUGAAGAUGGUCAAGCGACUGAAGUGUGUACAGCAGGAAGCCGAACCAGUAUUAAAAAAAUUACUUCAAAAGUUCUUCGAGAAAGCAUUUCAAGCGAAGAAUCAGAUGAUGAGUUCGGGAAGAUGGAGCUGUUACCUAUGAGAGAAGAAUUAGCUAAUUUGACUGUUGCAAAUGAGGAAGAAGUCCAGUCAGUCGUGGCUCAAGUCCGCAUUGUCAAAAUAAUUGACUCACCUAAGCCUGAAAUUUCUCGCUCUAAACUUGACGGCACUGAUCGUAUAAGUGAUGUUACCGCAUGUAAAGAUUCAAUAUCAGAUGAAAACAUGGAAGUGGACUCGGACGAUACAGAACGCUUCUUCACAGAGAGACCCAAAAGGAGGACAUAUGCAGCUCGGAAAGCCGAAGGAGAUCAUCUUGUAGAGAGAAAAAGUGUAUCUUCUCCCACUAAAUGUGAAGCGAACGAAAAACCUGGUACUCAACUCGAUGUGAAAAAACCUACAGUUAAGCAAUCUGAGUUGAAGUUGCUCGAUAUGCGUGAACUCGCUUUGAAACAACUGAAGGAGGGCAAGGAGAGAGAGGCAAGACUCGCUGAAACAAAACAGUUCAAUGGAUUAGUUUCUACAAGCGAGCCAUCAACUAAAACACCAUUCAUGUUUUUCCAUAGGAUCAAGUAUUUGUAA